CAUCCAACCACCACACCUUUUUGCUCGCAACCUUGGGCAUCAUGUUCCGCCGCGCCUUGCGCUCGACCUGCCGCUCUGCGGCCUCCAAGCGCGCCCAGAUGCAGCGCUCCACGACGUGCCUCUCGGCGGCCUUCCAUGCGAUCGCCAAGCCGACGCACGUCGCGGCCAUGGCGCCCUUUAUGCGCACGGCCACGAAGGCUUCGGCGGUCCGCGCCUUCUCGAGCGCGACGCCGACGGUCGGUCUUGGCGACCAAGUCUUUGUGUGCAUUGAAGGCAAGCUGGACAACGGCGAAAUCUUUGACGAGCGCGACGACACGCCCCAAAAGUUCACGGUCGGCGACGGUGACAUGAUUGUGGGCCUCGAAGAAGCUUUGCUUGGCAUGAAGAAGGGCGAGACGAAGACCGUGGUCAUCCCGCCGGAGAUGGCGUUUGGCCCCGCCGACGAUGCCGACAACCGUGUGCGCAUUCCGCGUUCGGAGCUCAACCUUCUCCCGAGCGAAGAGAAGAUGCUCGAGAUCGGCUCGUACUUGGGUCUUGACGAUGAAGAGGGCGACGCGGCCAAGAUCGUCGAGAUCGACGACGACUCGAUCGUUGUCGACAUGAGCCACGAGCUCGCGGGGAAGACCGUGCACUUGACGAUCGAGCUUGUUGACCACAUCCCGAUCGAGCGUCAACAGGCGAGCGAACGCCUCGUGAUUCCUCAAGUCAUCACGUCGGGUGAUGACGAAAACUACCCCGAGAAGGGCGACACGUUGGCCGUCCACUACGAAGGCAAGCUCACGAACGGCAAGGUCUUUGACUCGUCGCGCGCCCGUGGGCAGCCGUUCGAGUUCCGCGUUGGCGUCGGCCACGUCAUCAAGGGCUGGGACGAAGGCAUGAUCCUCAUGUCCAAGGGUGAGCGCUCGCGUCUGUACAUCCCGGCGGAGAAGGCGUACGGUCGCCAGGGUGCGCCGCCGGUUAUCCCGCCCAACUCGGACCUGAUCUUUGACGUCGAGCUCAUCCAGAUCAAGAAGCAGUAAAGUCGUCACUAAUACACAUCGUGUCCUGCCUCGUACACCUUUACACACA